GGAAGUGGGGCAGGAGAGAGGGAACCAGGGAAAGGGCUGUUUAGAAAUACAGUUUGUGGCUCUGAGCGAUGCCACCGGCUUCCUCUACAGAGACUGCCAGUUUCCCUUUUUCUUUGCAAGGUGUGUGUGGUUUUAAUAAAUAACUUUAAAAAAGGUGGGGGAGGGGAGAGCAAGAUCCACCAGGAGACAGGUAUCUAUUUUGCUCACUAUUUACUACCAAGAGCCUUUGGCACUGGAACAGACCUCGUAAAUCUGCAGCCCAAGUUGAAGUUCAUCUGGCCCUAGUCCACACGCUAUUCCUGGAGGUAGCAAACAUGAGCUGAAAAGAGUGAGGUGAAAUCACAUUCCUCCUUUAAAAUAUAUACUUAAAAAAAAAAAAAGAUAUUUGUCUCUGGGGGAGGAGGAAAUGGAGAGAAAACAGCAGGAAUUGGGCAUUCCCUUGCUAAAAUGACUGCAAUUGAGUCUUCAGGCCAAAAUAAAAACCUGUAGAUGGGAAAUAUCCCUUCUCCCAAGUUUAUAAAUAGAAGUUUUCAGUAUCCUAUUUACCAAUAUUGCAGACUCAAGCACUGGCUGAUUAUAAGGGUCUGUUGAUAGUGACAAUAAGGCUAAAUUCUGUUCAUAAAAACUAGACGACUUUAAGGAGACAGCCAGGAAAAGCAGGAAUUCUCCAAUUGUCCGUUUUCUCUCCUCCUUAGUUUUGAAGGGUUUUAUCUCCAUGCUGUCUUGAAAAGACUGUCUUAUUUAUUCUGGGUUUGGUGGUCAGGGAUGGGAAUCUUUGAAGCUGUAGUUUGCUGAGCCCUUGAAGAGUAUCAGUUAUUGGUUCAGUAAAUGGUAGCCAUGACUCGAUGUCAAAAUCCUUCCUUCCUUCUAGCCCCUGCCUGGUAGCCACACUCAUAACCCAGUUUGUUGUGAAAAACUUGAGAUUCAGAGAUUCAGAGGAGGCGGUGCGGCAGCGCCACCCCUCGGUAGGUGAAACUAUUGGCAAAAGUCAAAUAUUUGAAAAAUGUUGUGAAAUGACCUAAGAGCUCCCCCCCCCCGAAAGAUUAAAAACAUUUAGGGGAGAUCAGACUAACUUUUGAAAAAAAAGACUUUGCAGUUGAUCCCUCAAAGGGGGAAGAAAGGAGUUGCUUUCCAGCUAGGAUCGUGUCAUCAUAGGCAACGUAGUUCCAAUAAUUUUGUGGAGGGGUGUGGGUAGGGGUCUGUGUGCCUAGUUGGCUUUAACUAGGCGAGUUCUCCAGGCGGAGGUAGCCCCCUUUUCUCUAUGGGCUUGACUUCUCGGGGCAUCUGAAUUCUGCCAGCCUGACGCUGAGACAAGGAGGAAUGUUUUGGUGUUCCCGCAGUGGCUGUAAAUACCCUAGUUUUGCCGGCGGCAGAGGCGGUGGUGUACGUGGAGGAUGUGGUGGUUGGGGGAGAGGUUUAUGGACAGCGGGGAGCAAUGGGAGGCUAGUCUGUAGCCUUCUGGGAGUCAAAGUCGUAUGGCGCGUGCGGGUUUCCAGCACUGCGCAACAAGUGGGAACGCUGCCGCAGCGAUCCGAGCGAGGGUGCUGUGUGGUGGCAGAGCUGGCCGCUUUCUCUUCGCCCCGGUGGAAGUCAGGAACCGCUCCUCCCAUCCUUCCCUGCCUCCCAGACCGAGACCAGCAGUCCCACCAUAAGACCAUACUCGGUACCCACCCCCUGCCUGGCCGGGCGCAGUAAGCCUGGGUAGGACCCAGCCCUUGGCUUGGCCCCCAGAGCCUCUUUCUUCCGUGGAGGAUCAGGAGUUUAUUCCCAACUUUCUUUGCUGGCCGACCAGUGUUUGGCAAGAAUCUCUGCUAAUGUCGUCGAGUGCCAUUCUGCCUUUUGAAGACAAGUGCACCUUUUCUUUCCUUCCCAGUACAUUCAGCUUUUCGGAAAAAAACAACUUAUAAUACAUGAACGUAGCUCCAGAUACCGGGUUGUGGUUGCUAGAGGAGUGAGCAUCAGGAAGAACGGAACUGCAUCCACUAAAUUAAAUGCUUUUCGGCUUUGGUUUUGGAGGCAACCACACCCCCACCCGUAACAGACAGAAAAAAGAGGGAGGGGGGCCCCCGAAUCGGGUGUGGAAGGCUGUGGCCGCUUGGUGAUUCUCGGACGGACUGAGUCCGCCACCUAGUGGUGGGUCAUGGUCGACCCGCGCCUUGGGCGGUGGUGGGCCGACCCUUUCACCUUCGGGUCACCUAGCAUCCUGACCAGAUGCUACUACUGACGGAGGCAAGGCACCCUCCAAAGGGAAUGGCAUCCGACCUUUAAGGUUUUGGCAAGACGGAUGGAAAUUAGGCCCCGGAUGUUCACUCUGUCCACGGUCCCUCAGUGACGGGCAUCUAUCUCCACUAAGAAAAACCAUGAAAUAACCUGCUUUGAGUACGCCAUCACCCUGUCGCUGUGGCUCCUCCCCGGGGAAGCCGAUAGUAGUGGGAUGACAUCUAGGGCUGUAGGACUUAACUCUUUUUACAGUUGAGGAAACAGACCUGACGAGGGGGCCUGUUAGUGGUGAGUUAGUGACCUAACCGCGACCAGAUUUUAACCUUCUGAAUUCCAGAUCAGACAUAAAGUCAAAAGUGAGUUUAUCUCAGCUCCUUCGAAACACCUAAGAGAACGGAGCAGCAGUCAGAGCCAUGAUUUUAACCACGUAGGUCACCGUAGUUGCCAGCGCACAUUGGAAACGAUUCCCUAGCAGUCUUGGAGGAAUUUGUUUAGGAAGUAUGGCCUAAGAUUGUCGGGGACAGACACAAAAAGCCUACUGUGGCUCUGAGGGUUGGGAGGUCUCAAAGCUCAGGUGUAUGUAUGUGCAAGCGGGGUUGGUUAAGGCCUAGUCCUUUGACUUGCAGAGGCGCGCCUCUGCACUGGAGACUGUCAUUUGCAUCCUGAAGUCACUCCCUUCCCUUUUCUUCCAUCCUUUGCUUAGUGGGCUGGCGAGAAACCAGGUGUGGGGGGGGGUAAGGGGAGGGGGUCAUACGGACAGGCGGAUGGUAAUCCUCGCCCCAGCAGCUCCUGAGUGGUUUUCUUAGAGCGCGUGACUUAAGAUGGGCCGUGCGUGUCCGCGUGCUGGCGACCCCUAGCGGCGGCCGGCGCACUCACCCGCCCGAGACGCUGCCGCCUCCCCUGGCUUGGUUCGCGGGGAUCGAGUUCAGCCUCUCCCACUGCCGGAGCUGUCGGAGGCCGCGUCGGAGAAAUGCGCCUCUGUUCGGGUUGGAAACGGAUCUGGGGACGUGUUUCAAGCGCGGUCAAGUUUGACUCAUCGCUUUCCAAGGACAGUUAGUGCUUUCCAUCUUCAUUAACGUGAAUAAAGACCUUGGCUGACUUCUGUCCAGAUCGGAUUUUUAAAGGCAUUGUUUGCCUGCGGAGAUCAUGUCCCUCCCCUCCCCCGCCAGCCUUUUCGCAAAGGCAGAGCCCAGUGCAGCCAGGAUGCCCCAGAGAUCUCUGCCUGGGAACGUGGUUUGCUGGCACUGUCUGCGAGCCCUUGUGGAAGGUUGUCUCCAGCCGGGCGCACGGGGAGCGUCCCUUCUGCAGCUCCUCUUCAGAUCUUGGUGAUAAAACACAUCCCUCUAUUUUAUUGCAUUUCCUAGAAGCUUGCAGACUUGCAAGAGCGCUGUUGGCAGGAAACGUGAUAGAAAUGAAAGUCAGGACAUAAUGUCCCCGAACUCCUCGGUUACCCAAAGCGGCUGCCGAGGCCAUCACAUUAUCAAAUUCUCUUUUAUCUACUGUCGCCUCCCCGACCCUCCCGCCCCUCAGUCUAGAAGAAGAGCGUUUCCCCCCUAGAGCAAAAACAUUUCCGCGGUUUGACCCUACCCCCAACGGCCAAACCCAGGUGACUAGACUUGCGUAGCUGAGACGCUUCUGGGGGUGGGAGCGCUCCGGUAGGAACCCUGAUGUGGGUUUCACUGCAGCAGCUCCAGCCUUAUUAAAAUUCCUUGUCCCUGUCCCUAAACAGUGCUUUACACUUUCAGAUUCCCCUUUAGAUUUUUCAGCGAGUUAUUGGAGUUAUUAGAUUACCAAUAGUCCAACGGCCGGCCUGGAUAGAGAGGAGGGGGGAAGGGCAGAGAGCGUUCUCCAAAUCGGGAGACUGUGGCCAAACUAGGUCAAUGGGAAGGAGGGGCAGGGAGAGGAGGGCUGUGGGUUUCAAGCGUUGAUUGAGAGCUCUCUCUAGUGUUAGACAGCGGUAAAAACACCAUCAGGUUUGAGCUUCCGGAACCACGGGGUUCCUAAUUUCCAAUAAGUGUGUUUACUUAAUUGUAACUUCCCAGAUUUUUACCCCCAUCCCGUACUAAAUUACAGCCUUCUCUUUCACUUUUAUCCCACCGGACAAAAGGAUGAAAAAUCCUCAAAGUAGGAUUUUGAGGCCAAUGAGGCCCAGUCCUUGUGGACCGACCCCGACCCCGCCUCCGCCGCGGAAGGGCUGAGCAGCGCGGUGUGACGCCACCCGCUGGUUUUAGGAUGGGACCGCGGUCCCUUUGCGACCCCCGCCCUCCAAAAGCGUCUGCCGGAGCCCGCUACUUAGACCAGCUCGGAGUUGGCGCCGAAGGGUUACAAUUCCCAGGAAGGCCCCGGGAAAGCCAUGCAACUUUGGAGUGCGCCAGCGCAAGCGCUGGGGUCGGCGCCUGGGCCUCUGCCGAGUCCUAGCCGUGUCUCUACGGUUUCGGAGAAAUCGGAUUUGGAAAUCCCGAAAUCUGGCCAGGUUCGGCCUGGCAGCUCCUGUUCUAAAGACUGGGCGGAAACCGAGCCUAGCUGGGUCCCCCUUCUUGCCAACGUAGGCGGAAGGGGCUUUCGCUUUAGUUUUCCUCCAGCUGGGCCAGGGCGGGCAGCAUGGAGACCCUUAGCCCUAGGGGCCCCAAAAUUUUGACCUUGACUUCUCGCCUAAUCAUCCCCUUUAAAAAAAAGGGGGGGGGGGGGAAGGCAAGAAAAAGACGGAUACAAUAAACGACGCACCAGGCGAACAAACGCUGGAACUGGGCGACUCGAGUCAUGAAAUGAGCCUCAGAUUGAAUGCGAAUUCCUGGAUUCCAGACCCGGCUCUGCUACUAGCUUGUCUGGGUGUCCCCAUUUAUUAGUUGUUGUGGGGCUGGACUAGGUGAACUCUAAGAGUCCUGGACCUGGCGGGGACACGUGAUUGGGGAGAGUGUGUGCCGUGUUUCCCGCGAGCCUUCCCCGGCGUCCCCCCUCCUCCCCGGGUGAAUCCCCCGCGGCCCGCGCCGCGCAGGCAGCGAUCCCGUCGGCCGCCCGGGGCCAGCAGCUUCCUGGAAAGUUACUUCUCGUUGGAGCCGGCGACAGGCAGAGAGUGUUCUGUGAAAUCCGCAGGGCCGAGAUCGACUACGUUCCGGGAAUGAGAGGGCUGUGCCGUUCCCCUCACUGCCCCCUGCCUUGACGGCGUAGCAGGAAAAAAAAAAAAAAAAAAAAAAGAGGGCACACAUACAAUGCUAGUUACCGAGGUGUACGAAAAGUUUUAUUUGAAUGUGACUAGAUUUAGGGCCGCCACGGUCAUAUCACGGGGCCUGUGCAGCGCCUCGGGGACUUUGAGGCGGAUGGGCAGCGGGGCCCGUCGGUCGCCCGGGGGUGGGCGGUCCCUGGAAGACAGGUACGGUGUCUUGGGGGUGGGCGAGUCUGCGCAGGCUUGCCAGGUGUGCAGGACUCGUGUGUGUAUGUGUGUGCGCGUGUGUGCGUGCGCGUGUGCGCGCGUGUGUGCGUGUGUGUGUGCGCGUGUGCGUGUGUGCGUGUGCGUGUGUGUGUGCGCGCGUGUGCAGGAGAACGGGGAUGCCUGGUGCCAGCCCGGCGGAGGAGGGAGGAAAAGGAUGGGGUCUUUCGUAUCGGUUCUCGGUCCUCUCAACCUCGCCUCUCGCUCUCGCUCUUCUCUCUGUCUUCUCUCAUCUCCUCUCUUGUCUCUCUCCAUCUCGUUUCUGCUGUCCUGUCUCUCCCUUUGCCUCCCCCCCGCCCCGUGGUCUCUCUCUUUUCUUCUCCAGUAGGAAGCUCCUUUAGAGGGUCUGCUUUCCUAAGGUGCCAAUUUCACACUAAGAAAGUGUCAAAGGAGGGAAAGGGCAUAUUUUCCUUGAAACUCUCCCUUGGUGGUUACUGCAACCUGGGCAGGGGGUUGGGGUCGGGAAGGCCCACGUAGCUGUCAGUUUCUCAUUGACAGCCCUGCUCCCUUGGUGGUUUUUUUUGUGGCAUGGGUCUUGUGUGUGGCAUUGGUGAUAUGGCUGGAACUGGUAGACAGGGUUUGUCCAGGACUUUUCUAGAUAUUGGCUUUGGGAUCUCCGGCAGAGCUUAUCCUCUGGAGCUUUAGUUUCCUCUCCAGUAAAUCAGGACUGUUAUACAAUAAUGGGUGGGAAAGAACUGAGUGGUCUGUAAAAAAGCACAUACAGGUGGUGCUUCCACACCUGCAAUGUAGCCCUAGAGAGAGGGCUACAUUGUCCACACUCACCUUAACCCACACACUCAGUAGUUGUUGGGCCUCCUGAGUUAGCUCUCAAAAGAGUGAAUUUGAUAAGGACGUGGGCCUCAGUGUAUGUGCAUUUGUUUUCGUCCAGGCCAGGCAGAGGCUUAAGGUGAAAAGCCCAAGGCCUGGCUGACAGUGGGCACAGGGGAAUUGUUUUGUUUGUUUCAGUCUGCAUCUGGAGUGAGUCAUUGCCACUUGUCAUGGUGAAAUGGCAAAUCUGGGCUUCCUGUAGUUCCAAAAGUCUGUGACUGGAAAUUCACAAGCGAUCUGGUGAUUGGAGCUGGUGAAAGGACAGCCUAGGUAUUUCAGAAGUGUUUGAGGAUCUCCUCCAUGAGAGAAGAGGAGAAAGUUUAUAAAUAAACCUCAUAAGUGUCAUCAGCACUCUUUUUCAAAGGAGGUAAUCACUGAACUUUGGUUAGGACCAAGUUAGUAUAUCUCUCUUUACCCAUCUUGAGUUGGGAUGGGGAGGCUAUAGGUUCUCUUGUCUUUUUCUGUCCUUUCCCUUCCCCCAUUUUCUUCCCCCGGUCCCCACUCACUCACAUGUACACACUAACCUUGAAGCCGAUGAGACUGAGUGAAUGGCACUUGGGACCACAGAGAAAUGUCAGAGUGUUUGGUUACAGACUCAAGGAAACCCCUCAUUUUAGAGUGCUCAUUUGGUUUUAAGGAAAAUUUUGGACUGUGAAGCAAGGCAGUGGGUGAAGACAAAAUGGCCUCACCGGCUGACAGCUGUAUCCAGUUCACCCGCCAUGCCAGUGACGUUCUUCUCAACCUUAAUCGCCUCCGGAGCCGCGACAUCUUGACUGAUGUCGUCAUUGUGGUGAGCCGAGAGCAGUUUAGAGCCCAUAAGACAGUCCUCAUGGCCUGCAGUGGCCUGUUCUACAGCAUCUUCACAGACCAGUUGAAAUGCAACCUUAGUGUGAUCAAUUUGGAUCCUGAGAUCAACCCAGAGGGGUUCUGCAUCCUGCUGGACUUCAUGUACACCUCUCGACUCAAUCUACGGGAAGGCAACAUCAUGGCUGUGAUGGCCACAGCUAUGUACCUGCAGAUGGAGCAUGUUGUGGACACUUGCCGGAAGUUUAUCAAGGCCAGUGAAGCAGAGAUGGUUCCUGCCAUCAAACCUCCUCGUGAAGAGUUCCUGAACAGCCGAAUGCUGAUGCCCCAAGACAUCAUGGCCUAUCGGGGUCGUGAGGUGGUAGACAACAGCCUGCCACUGAGGAAUGCCCCUGGGUGUGAGAGCAGAGCCUUUGCCCCCAGCCUGUACAGCAGCCUGUCCACACCGCCAGCCUCUUAUCCCAUGUACAGCCACCUCCCGGUCAGCAGUUUCUUCUUCUCUGAUGAGGAGCUGCGGGAUGCCCGGAUGCCUGUGGCCAACCCCUUCCCCAAGGAACGGGCCCUUCCCUGUGACAGUGCCAGGCCAGUUCCUGCUGAGUACAACCGACCGGCCAUGGAGGUGUCCCCCAGUGUGUGCCACAGCAACAUCUACUCGCCCAAGGAGGCAGUCCCAGAGGAGGCACGAAAUGACAUGCACUACAGUGUGGCCGAAGGCCCAAAGCCUGCUGCCCCCUCAGCCCGGAAUGCCCCAUACUUCUCCUGUGACAAGGCCAGCAAAGAGGAAGAGAGACCCUCCUCGGAGGAUGAGAUUGCCCUGCAUUUCGAGCCACCCAAUGCACCCCUUAACCGGAAGGGUCUGGUUAGUCCACAGAGCCCCCAGAAAUCCGACUGCCAGCCCAACUCACCCACAGAGUCCUGCAGCAGCAAGAAUGCCUGUAUCCUCCAGGCCUCGGGCUCCCCUCCAGCCAAGAGCCCCACUGACCCCAAAGCCUGCAACUGGAAGAAAUACAAAUUCAUUGUGCUCAACAGCCUCAAUCAGAAUGCCAAACCAGAGGGCCCUGAGCAGGCUGAGCUGGGCCGCCUUUCCCCGCGGGCCUACACCGCCCCACCUGCCUGCCAGCCACCCAUUGAGCCUGAGAACCUUGACCUCCAGUCCCCAACCAAGCUCAGUGUCAGUGGGGAGGACUCUACCAUCCCACAAGCCAGCCGGCUCAACAACAUUGUUAACAGGUCCCUGACAGGCUCCCCCCGCAGCAGCAGUGAGAGCCACUCGCCACUCUACAUGCACCCCCCCAAGUGCACGUCCUGCGGAUCUCAGUCCCCACAGCAUGCGGAGAUGUGCCUCCACACCGCCGGCCCCACAUUCCCUGAGGAGAUGGGAGAGACCCAGUCUGAGUACUCGGAUUCCAGCUGUGAGAAUGGGGCCUUCUUCUGCAAUGAGUGUGACUGCCGCUUCUCUGAGGAGGCCUCGCUUAAGAGGCAUACGCUGCAGACCCACAGUGACAAGCCCUACAAGUGUGACCGCUGCCAGGCCUCCUUCCGCUACAAGGGCAACCUCGCCAGCCACAAGACUGUCCAUACUGGUGAGAAACCCUAUCGUUGCAAUAUCUGUGGGGCCCAGUUCAACCGGCCAGCCAACCUGAAAACCCAUACUCGAAUUCACUCUGGAGAGAAGCCCUACAAAUGCGAAACCUGCGGAGCCAGAUUUGUCCAGGUGGCUCACCUGCGUGCCCACGUCCUCAUCCACACUGGCGAGAAGCCCUAUCCCUGUGAAAUCUGUGGCACCCGUUUCCGGCACCUUCAGACUCUGAAGAGCCACCUGAGAAUCCACACAGGAGAGAAACCGUACCAUUGCGAGAAGUGUAACCUGCAUUUCCGUCACAAAAGCCAGCUGCGACUUCACUUGCGCCAGAAGCAUGGCGCCAUCACCAACACCAAGGUGCAGUACCGUGUGUCCGCCACUGACCUGCCUCCGGAGCUCCCCAAAGCCUGCUGAAGCAUGGAGUGUUGAUGCUUUCCUCUCCAGCCCCUUCUCAGAAUCUACCCAAAGGAUACUGUAACACUUUACAAUGUUCAUCCCAUGAUGUAGUGCCUCUUUCAUCCACUAGUGCAAAUCUUAGCU